AUGGCUCUGGCGCGGAUGGCCAAGGCGCCGGUGGUGGAUGACAAGGUGCUGGCCGGCUGCCUGAACGACUUCUCGCGCGCGCUUCUGCAGGCCGACGUCCGCUUCGAGACGGUCCGGUCCGUGCAGGGCAGCAUCAGGAGCGCCGUCAACCUCCAGUCCCUGGCCGCCACCGGCACCAACAGGCGCCGCGCCAUCCAGCAGGCCGUCGAGGCAGAGCUGCGCAGGAUGCUGGAACCGGGGCCCGGGGGCAAGCCAUCCUUCGCCCCAACAAGAGGCAAGAAGCCGGCCAGCGUGGUCAUGUUGAUCGGCCUGCAGGGCUCCGGCAAGACCACCACCUGCGUCAAGUACGCGGACUACCACUGCCGGAUGGGGUUCAGCCCCGCGCUGGUGUGCGCCGACACGUUCCGGGCCGGCGCCCUGUACCAGCAGAGGCAGAGCGCGGCCAAGGCCAGCAUCCCUUUCUACGGAUCCUACACGGAGUCGGACCCCGUGAAGGUCGCCGUCGAGGGCGUGGACAGGUUCAGGAACAACGACCAAGCCGCCGAUGCUGAGGGAUGCGAGUGCGACCUCGUCAACGUUGACACGAGCGGGCGCCACGGCCAGGAGGCCGCUCUCCUGGAGGAGAUACGGCAGGUCGCGGAGGCCACGCGGCCGGACCUGGUGGUUCUGGUCAUGGACGCCAGCAUCGGCCAGGCCGCUUUCGAUCAGGCGCUGGCGUUCAAGCAGAGCGCCGAGGUCGGCGCCGUCAUCGUCACCAAGAUGGACGGCCACGCCAAGGGCGGCGGCGCGCUCAGCGCGCUCAGCGCAUGUCGCGCACAAAGUCAAUGCCAUCCCUCCCAACCUGUUGAAAUAGUUUGGUGGUACAAUUGGGCUGCACGUACAGUAUCAUCAGACACAUGGAUCAUGGACGCUAGCUCAAAGUCAUCAUCGUAG